CACAAGUCAUUCGGUGGAAAGGACUUCUUCUUAUGUUAAGAGCCGAAUCCACGCAAAGCUGGGAUUUGAAGCCAAGAAAGGGCCCAUUCCACCAUCCGCGCACACCAAGUCUCCCGCCAGAGACUUGCCGCUCUCCUCGAAAGCUCCCUUCCAUCCUCUCCUCAGGAAACUCGAUCCGGUGCUCUUUCUUGGCCUCAAAGCUUCCAACUUCCUCCCACCACAAUACCAUCCACCACCCCCCUUUGAGUGAGUUUUGGACGCUGGUCUUGGCCGAAGCUGAGGCUCAUGGCGUCUGGUGACGACGGGCUUCUUGCACUUCCUGCUGCCUCUAACAUGGUAAGCCUUUUCUUUUUAUGGCGGGAUGGUAAAACGAUGCAUCUGUUUGCAUCUUCUCCACACUUGAAGGUUCUAGAGGGAGGCUGAGAGAUGAAUGUCAAUAAGGUUUCUGUUUCGAUUAUUGUUAGCAUUGGGAUUUUGGUUGUUGAUCAUGGUGGCAUUAUCUUGUUUGUGUCAGCUGAAGGUCGGGGAACGUACUUCUCUCACAUACUUCCAAUAAAAUUAGUGCCUUGUCGCCACGGGAUAACAAUUAACGAUACAUCACUUUCAGAUUGGUUAACUGAUCCAAUGUGUGUCAUGCAGGGAAGGAAGAGCACCAGUAUCCAAAAUAGAAAGUUAAAUCUUGAAAAGGAGGUGGCCGAACUGCAAAGGAUGCUCCAUGAUGAAGAGAAAGUGCAUGAAAUUUUGGAACGUGCAUUGCUUCCACAAAAUGCUCUGUUAACCCUUCGUAUCUCAAGUUUCCUUCCAAAAAAGACAAAGGAACUUUUAGCAGAACUUGUAGUGGUGGAAGAGGAGAUAGCUCGACUUGAGAGUGAAAUAAGUAAAGUUCAAGUAGGCCUACCAAACAUGCAAGGAGCUGAAGAACAGAAGACCUCAAAAGUUUUCAACUUUAAGGACACAAAUGUAAAUGUCAUAGUUGAACCUUCAAGUGAUAAGUCAGUUGCUUCAUCACAUGUGCCUGGUCAAGAAAUUUUGCAGCAGAAGAUAUCACUAGAAACCAAGCCUUUGUUCUUUAUAAACCAGGCAAUAAAAGGAGAUUAUUUGGUUAACGGUUUCAGCAAUAUAAGAAGUGCUGGAAGCUUAACCAGGUCUUUCCAUUACAAGGGAAGCCAAAGGGCAGUGGAAAUUAAGGAGAGAGCUUCAAGGAAAGGUCGAAUGCCACAGAAAGCAUCCUUGCCUAAAUUGCCUCCAAAGCACCUAAGCAAUAAAGAUGCUAAUGUGGAAAAUUUUCUCACAGUAUUCAAAGAACAUUCUACUGUAAAUUCAUCAGACAAAAAUGGUGGAGAAUACCAACCAAACAAGUUAUCUGAGAAAAUAUUGAAGUGCUUGAUCUGCAUUUUCUUAAGAUUUAUAAGAACAUCACGAGCAUUGGAUCUAGAAAAAUCUGGCAACUUAUUAAGAUCUGCCAACGUACUGCUACGAUCAGGAAACUUCCAGAUUGAUGGCAGCUUGAUGUUGAAGGGAAAAAUUCCAACUCAAAGGGAAAUAAGGCACCAUGAUCCUUAUGAAAUUUUUGAGAUUGAAGACUCUCUACUGAGAGAUAUUGGUCCAUACAAGAAUCUUGUCAAAUUUACCUCAUGCUCUUUGGAUCACAAAGACAUUUCUAGUUCUCUUGCUUUAUUAAAAAAGUUAAGGAUCUUAAUUAGCAGCCUUCAUAAGGUGGACUUGACAUUUUUGACCCACCAAGAGAAAUUGGCUUUUUGGAUAAAUGUUUACAACAUCUGCAUCAUGCAUAGCUUCCUAGAACUUGGGAUGCCUUCAAAUCCAGAAAUGGCUGAAGGAUUGAAGAAUAAGGCCACGCUCAAUAUAGGAGGGCACAAACUAAAUGCAUUAGCUAUAAAGCACCUUAUUCUAAAGCAAUCAUCGAACUCUAAUGAGGAUGGCUGGAAAGUUCACAAGGAUGAUAAAGAAAUGGUUCCUAAAGACUAUGGAUUGGAGCAAUCAAACCCCAAUAUUGUGUUUGCACUAUGUUCUGGCUGUAAAUCUUCUCCAGCUGUCAGAAUAUACACAGCCGAUGGUGUCGUAGGCGAGUUGGAAAAAUCGAAGAUGGACUACUUGCAAGCUUCAAUAGUAGUGACAAGUACAAAAAGGAUUUUGAUCCCGCAUCUGCUGCACUCAAAUAUGCAUGACUUUGCCAGAGACUUGGAUUCUUUAGUUGACUGGAUUGUCAACCAGCUUCCAACUUCUUGGCCUCUGAGGAAAUCCAUGCUAGAGUGCUUGAAGGGAAGGACAGCUGCGAAGAUAUCUCAUACGGUGGAUGUUAUCCCUAAUAAUUCUGAAUUCCAAUACCUUCUGCCCAUGUGACUUGAUCUUUCCUUUGCACUUCUUUUCUUGAAAAGUAUGCCGAGCUAUUAUAGCACGAUGCGAGAAAUUAUUCCACGAUAUGUAUGCUAAUAAGGUCUGGUUUCACUUCCUUUACUUCUUGAGUUAAUUGGGAACGAUCUGUAAAUAUAUCAGUAGACAAGAAAAUAAUAAGCUGUGUUUUGGACAAACUAUAUGAGUUUACAGUUGCAUUCAGUUGGCGCAGCCAGGAAAAGGACAUUUUACAGCUUCACAAAAAAGAUUCAG